GAUAAUAUAGUUUUGAACAGUGCCUCCCCAAGAAGUGUGAUGAGAAAUGGCUUUAGGAAACAAUACCCAGAGAAGUUACUCCAUCAUCCCCUGCUUCAUCUUUGUUGAGCUUGUCAUCAUGGCCGGGACUGUUCUGCUCGCCUACUACUUCGAGUGCACCGAUACUUUUCAGGUGCAUAUCCAAGGUUUCUUCUGUCAGGACGGCAAUUUGAUGAAACCGUAUCCUGGAACAGAGGAUGAGAGCUUCAUUUCACCUCUUGUGCUCUACUGUGUGCUGGCUUCAACUCCGACAGCUAUUAUUUUUAUUGGUGAGAUAUCCAUGUAUUUCAUAAAGUCAACCCGAGAAACCCUAAUUAUUCAAGAGAAAACUAUUUUGACUGGAGAGUGCUGUUACCUGAACCCGCUGCUUCGAAGAAUAAUACGUUUUAUAGGAGUGUUUGCCUUUGGACUUUUUGCCACUGACAUAUUUGUAAAUGCUGGCCAGGUUGUGACUGGGAACUUGGCUCCCUACUUCCUGACUGUUUGUAAACCCAACUACACUGGAAACGACUGUCGCACCCACCACCAGUUCAUAAACAACGGCAACAUCUGCACUGGGGAUGUGGAGGUGAUCGAAAAGGCAAGGAGGUCCUUUCCAUCCAAACAUGCUGCUUUGAGCAUCUACUCAGCUUUAUAUGCCACGAUGUACAUCACAAGCACAAUUAAAACAAAGAGUAGCAGGCUAGCCAAACCUGUGCUGUGUCUGGGUACCCUGUGUGCUGCGUUCCUCACCGGGCUAAAUCGAGUUUCUGAGUAUCGAAACCACUGUUCGGACGUGAUUGCAGGCUUCAUCUUGGGAAGUGCUGUAGCUUUGUUUCUGGGGAUAUGUGUUGUCCAUAACUUUAAAGGCACUCACGGAGCUCCUUCUAAACCGAAGCCUGAAGACCCAAAAAAAAUGCCGCUAAUGGCUUUUCCAAGAGUGGAAAGUCCUCUGGAGACAUUGAGUGCACAGAAUCACUCCGCCUCUAUGACUGAAGUAACCUGAGAUGGAAGAUUGGCAACAGAAGCUAUUUUUUAUUACCCUCCAGUACAAUACUCCAAGACACACAGUUACUAAAUGUCUAACUGUGAUGACCAGUAUUAUGUUAUGUCUAGUUAGAGGCUAAUGUUUUGUACUUUUUUUGUAUGAGGAAGUGAUGUAGCUUGCCCUGAUUUUUUGUCAGCUUUAAUAUUAUUAUGCCAGAAUUUAAAAGCAAAAC